AUGUUCACUCAGCAGAUUGGACGCAACGCCCGCCAUGUUGGCCAGGUAGCCCGGCGACUGGGCCGGACUGACCCGGUACGGGGUUACGCAACUCCAGGUGAGUCCACAUCAUCGGGCGGCGGCUUUCGACGGGCGACGUCCAUAGCGCUCGCGGGCCUGACGUUUAGCACGGUGGGUGCCGCGGGUACGUGGUACACGAUGCAGCAGAGCGGCAUGGGCUUCUACUCGGACGAGGACAGUUUGAAGCGGUUCGUCCCUAGCGACGACGAGGCGCGAAUGGUCGAGGAUACCAUCAACAACCACCCGCUGGUGGCUGAGCUGCGCGCGAACCCCAAGCUGACCGAAUCGCGACCGCAUAUGAAGAUGCCCGUGUCUUACCGCAGCCAUACCCUCACGGGCGGUGCGCUGGCAGGAGAGGGCAAGAUGGUGGUGCCGCCGUACGUGUGGCUCGAGGAUGGUGGCAAGUCCAUCGUGUGCAUCUCAUAUGUUGGCGAAGACCUGUGCGGUCAUCCGGGCAUCGUCCACGGAGGCUUCUUGGCGACGAUGCUGGACGAAGGCCUGGCGAGGUGCUGCUUCGGUGCGCUGCCACAUAAUAUUGCCGUGACGGCCAACCUCAACGUCGACUACCGAAAGCCAACGCCGGCGGGCAGUUUCUUGGUGCUCCGGGCCACGACGACAAAGGUUGAUGGCCGCAAGGCGUGGGUCAAGGGCCACAUGGAGCAGCUGGCGGACCCGGGGGAGACACCCGAGGUUCUGACCGAGGCUACGGGGCUGUUUAUCUCGCCCAAAUACGCGGCGGUAGGUGGCUUGGCUUGA